AGAUCAGAAGAUCAGCACAAGUGACUUGAAACUGGAGGACAACAGUAGAAAAUCCCCUUCUGUGACAGAAGCAGUGAUGACUACAGUAGAUGAGAAAUCAAGGAAAUUAGAGAAGUCAGCAGAUGACAGUUCAGAUGAAAUAGUGAAAAUAGCAGAAGGGCAAAUAACCGAUACAAUACAGCAGGUAUCAGUGAAUGAUCAAUCUGAGCACGGGGAAGCAAAGAACACUUCAAAGGACUCAGUCAAGAAACUAAGUGAAACGAAGGAGAGAUUUCUACAAAACCCAAAAUCUUCUUUAUCUGACAGGUCUCUGUCUCCUGCAUCCUUAAAGAAAAAGUCGAAAGCUGUUCCAUCAGCUACGCGUAUUUCAUCUCAAUAUCUGGGGACAUUAAAGGUGUUGGAGGAUAAACGCGUGCAGAGCAACAGUACAGAAUUUGACAAAGCGGAUAGUUUACGAGCAGCUGUUUUUCAGAAUUGGUUGGAAAAGAAAAGGGCCCUUCUACUGGAAUUAAAAAGAAAUGAAAAGAUUAAAGCUGAAAAUCUAAGGAAUGAUGCUGAAAAGAAAGAAGCUGUUAAAAGAGAGGAAGCAAUUGCAUCUUUUGAAGCCUGGAAAAAAAAGAAAGGAAGAGAAGCAAAGAAAUUAAGUGAAAUAAAGAAGGUUGAGGAACUUAAGAAAAAGAAAGCAGCAGAAGAGACUGUCCAGAGAACAGAAGCAGCACAGAAGGCAUUUGAAAAAUGGAAAGAAAGAAAAGCAGAAUAUUUAAGAGAGCAAAACAGAAAGGAAAAACAGUCUGAAAGAAUCAGGAAGAAGAAGGAGGAGGAACGGGUUGCAGAGAAGAAGAGAGAUAGCAUGUCAGCAGUUGAAAAAUGGUACUAGUCCACUGGGUUUUGGAAUAUCAUAGUUUCCCAAAUCUUUGCUUAGAAAUGCAGUAGAUCUGCUGGGAGUGCUUGAUGUGCUUUUCGCUGGGAGACAGUGGCAUGUUUGGGAUCAGGCUCUAUGGGCCCAAUGGACACCAAGUAUGAUAAUGAGAACAAUCUCUACAACUUCUUUCAGUUUAGUAACUUAAGUGCUUCUCUCCCCAAAAUGCUUUUAUUUAAGCCUGGGCAGAAAUACUGCAACUGAGAAUUAAGAUUGACUAAGUAGUAUAAUGUCUUAUGUGAUUAGUCUCAUGCUUCAUUACUAAGCCAUAGAAAGGAAGGUAAAUGUUCAUCUAAAAGUUGUGUGGAAUACAGUGUGUGAAUGUAGAUAUAUUCAGAAGCAAGUGAGAUAUGUCUGCUGGAGAAAUACUUUGUUAGUUUUACAACCCAAGAGUUUUCACAGACCAUGUGCAACUUAAAGUUACCCAGAGAAGUUUUGAAUUUAAUUUUUUAUCUAAUACCAAAAAAGGGAGAAAGUAGUACAGAAAAGGUGAGACCAUAAUACACAGAAGGUUAGUUUAUACCUAUAUGUGGUGAUAUAGUGUAUAAAGAUGGACUUUGAAGAUUUUGAAUAUAUAUUCUCAAUUUUUCAUUAAAUGAGUAAAAUAUCUCUUGACUCUUAAUUUAGUUCAUAAAUCACAGAUGCAGCAUUUAGUCUGUUACAUGAUAAUCUCUUGUUCUUCCCUCUAACUAUAUAGGAAUGAAAAAAAGGAAAAAUAUAUGAAACAGAAGAAAGUAGAAAAAAUUCUUGAGAGAAGAAAGCAAGAAAUACAACAGGCAAAAAAGGAAGAGAAAGAUAAAAAGGCUAUGGAAGAAUAUGAAAGAUGGCUGGAAAAGAAAGAGAAGAGAGAGCAGCUGGAGAAGAAGCAAAAGAAGUUGCAGGCUGUCCAUGGGGAUGAAGUAUCCUCUCCCUGGAGUCCACCUGGCAAAGUUACAUAUUCAAUGAAUUACUGAUCAGGCUACUGAUUUCUAUGAGAAGAGAUGAUCUACAAAUUUUUGACCAUGGCUAGUCAUUAUUUCAGUAAUAGCUGAUUUUCAUUGAAUCCAUAGUAGAUGUUGCAUCCUUUCUUUUUGGUUUAUUUUCUUUCUGGAGUUUAAAUAGAUCAUUCGUUCUUUUCCAUUGCUUUAGAAAAUGCGCUAAUUUUUGUAAUUCUACAUUUAACUUAGUUUUGCUAAAUCUCGUGUUGCUUCAUUCCUUUUUGAUGAAAGUGUAUAUUCAAGAUAUGUAAGGCUGGGCUCUGGCAUUUUUUUCACCCAGUAAGUAGCACAAUGGUUAUUUUUAAGUUACUAGGCCACAGUGCUGAGGGGUUAAGUCUGGAAGAAAUGCUUUGUGAAGGGCAGGAGGGUUGGUAAGGAGAUGGUACUCUCUUCUGGUGAUGCAAAGAAGACAACAGGCUAAGCAUUAUGGUAGGGAGAUGUCAUUUUCAUACAUGAAGACACAAGCUACAUAGGAGAUAAUAUAAUUCUUAGAUUAUGUUACAUUAUGAAAUAUAAAAAUAGCUUUUAAAUUAAAACUGCAUCAAGCAGAAACAGGAUUUCAUGGGGCCAAAACCAGUCAGCCAUAUGGUGGUGCAAAAGAAUUAAACUGGGAUCCAUAUAAUGUAAAAUGAUCCAGGACUAAAGCAGACUAACUCUUAAUUCCAUUUCAGGUGUUCAUAUACAUUCCAUAGAUUUCCUGCAUCCUACAGGAAACAGCAGGUUUUAGAGGUAUGGUUUUGCAGUUCACACAAAAUCUUACAUAAAAACUGCAAGAACAGAACAGUGGUACUCUUAUGAGGCAACAUUAGACACUGAAAAUUACUUUUUUGGAAUUCAUUUUAAAGACUUCUGUGGUUGUUUUUAUAUGAUCAAGUAAAUCCUUCCCGAACAUGUUUUCAUCAUUGCUAAUGAGCUAGUUGCUGUAGUACAUUAAUUAAAUUUCUUCUGGGUUUUUUUUUUUGUGGCUAUUUGCACUGUUUUGAGAACAAUGGCAAGACCACAUAUCUUUAGAGAUCUUCAAAUCUCUUGAUUGCCUACUGUCUAAAUUCAAGCUGUUACUUAUGUUUGCAUUUUCUUGUUUGAAUUUUAAUAAUCACUCUAAAUCAGAUUUGCUGCUUAAGUGUAUACUCUAAAAAAAAAAAAAGGAAACAAAACCAACGUCGCCAUCCAAGAAAUAAAAAAACAACUCUUUAAAUUGUAGAUAUAUUUUCUCAAAUGGGAGUCUUGCUCCUGUUUAGACUGACAGCCUCCUUGGGAAGUCAAAGGAGCAUUUGAGAAGUAGACUUGCCUUUUUCACUCGAGUCCUGUUCUGUUCAUAAAUCACUGGGAUAUUCAUUAAUUCUGCAUUUCAUGUAACACUGGGGCAUCUCCUCAGAAAAGAAAACCCACAAGACCAGCAACCAGAUGAAUUUCUUUAGUUUCUUGAUGUUUCUUGCUUGUAUUUUUACGUUUUAGUAAGAGCCCAUUGAGCAUUUAGAGACGUUUGUUUUGUCCAUAAUUCACUCUUGUGAGAAUGCUGUACUGGUGAAAUUUAUUGCUGGUGUGUAUGUAAAAGUGAAAUCAGAAGGAUAUCUAUUAUGUCUCCUUGUUGAAUAUGGUCCUGUGCAUUAUUGAUAGUAUGAAGUCUAGUUCUGUGAAUUUGUCAUUCAGAUCUUCUGCAACGUUUAUGAGAGGCAGAAGUGGGUGCUAGAAAGCAAAAAGGUAAGAUGUAUUUGUUAGAACAGUAGGUAGUCGUAUAGUUAUCACAAUUUACCUAAUAUCUAUCAAUAAACAAGUGUAGAAGAA